CUUUCUUACUACGAAACUAAAAGUGGUACUGCUGGGGGUAUCAUAUAGUUUAAUUUUAUUCAGGCGCCCUGGUAAUUUACAUCUCAAGCUGGUCGCUCGAAUCUAGAUCACUGGAUCCAAGUUGAUGGAAAGCCGACCGGGAGUUUUGGUCGUCGGAUCGUUUAUCAGUAGAUGGGGAUUCUCAAGGGGUUGAACGUCUAUUUGGUGCUCUUUCGGCACAUAUGUGGCCUGGGAUGGUUCUUAAAUCGGGUGAUAAGAUAAAUGAACCUGUGUUAGCUCAAGGGGAAGAGUUGUCAGAAGAAGAAUCUGAAUACGAAUUGGAGUAUGAAGUGCUAUCAGCAGGCUCAGGCGACCCAUGGGAGAAUAUCGACGAAAGAUGGGUUUCUGCAAGUGGAACGCAUUCAUAUGCAGAUGCUGGUGGAUCCACGUCACAGGAAAACCUCCAUGUAGAAAAUAAUAUGGUAAAAAUGAAUGAAGUUGUGGAUGAAGAGUUGCAGCUGUCACGGCCAAGGUUAGAGCCGCCGAAUGACACUGGCAGAGCAAUAGUAACAGAUGAAAAACCUUUGGACACAGAAAAUGAGAAAUGUUAUGAGUUUGAAGACGUGGAACAGUUGAUGUCAGAAAUAGGAAACAUCCGGGACAAUUUGCGAUUGAUGCCUGAUUUCCAGAGAAGGGAAAUAGCUGCAAAUUUAGCGAUGAAGAUGGCCUCCAUGUUUGGAAGUGACAGUGAUGACGAGGAAGAACCUAAGUAAGUCCGUUUAUAUCAAGUAUUAUGGAAGAUCAGCGGUUUGAUCGGUUCUUUAUACAAAUUUAUCAAAAACUCGUUUCUUGUUUUGUGAUAGAUUCUGGUAGUAAUAGUCAGUUGCACGAUGUAAUACAAACAAAGCCAGUAAACUAUUCUAGUUUUUGGGCCGA